AUGCCACAUCCCCCGGUUCCUCACUUUCAAGCAUCACAUAAAGCUGUUCCAAGCUCUCAGGCUUCACAGAAGAGGAGUUCUCGGCCUAUAUUUAGCGAGCUUUACAAAGCAUCCAAACAUCCAAGUCGACUACUCACGUACCGAACUCUUUGGGUACGAAACAUGCCAUCCGAGCUUCAUGAUGCGUGUCAGCGCUGGGUAAUCCACGCUUACGGUCGCUGGAUGCAAGAUGGUCUGUUGACUGCCCUUGAAGGCAAAGAGAUGGGAAUUGGUGUCAACACAGGUAUGACCUGCACUGCUCACCAGCUUCGAGCAGGCUCAUAA